AUGGCAAGCGGAGAUGAUUAUAAUUUUGAACUGGGGGAGAAAAUAGAAGAUGGAUCCUACGGCAAUGUAUACUUGUGUUAUGACAGAAAUGAUGGAGACAAAAAGAUAGGUUAUGCUUUGAAAGUAAUUGACCUGACAAAAUCAACAGAGGAUGAACGUGAACGAGCAGAACAAGAAGCAAGUUUGCUGAAAGAUUUACAGCAUGAAUUUAUUCUACGUACAGUUACAUCAUAUCAUGAAAAAGGUGCAUUAUGUAUAGUGACAGAAUUCUGUGAUCAGGGAAAUUUGUCAGAAUUUUUGGAAAGAAGAAAUGAUAAUUUUUUAGAUGAACUACGAAUAGUAGAGUGGUUUCGACAGAUAUGCAGUGCUUUAAAGUACCUGCAUGGUAGACAUAUUUUACAUAGGGACGUGGCGACAAGCAGUGUCUACCUGACUGGUGAAGAUAUGAAAUUUAAACUCGGUGAUUUUGAAUUUGUCAAAGUCGUGGAGGGACCUAUUACCGAAAUCAUACCCCAUCCCUAA